CAGAAAAGUAUCCGUUGAAAAAUUGAACGUUAAUCCCUUCAUCACAUAACAGAGCAGAAUCCGAUACCAGACCCACCUGCUAUGAAUAAAUGCUCCCUCUUAUUCUUUCCCUACUCAACUCAUCCACACUGAAUUCAGAAAAGAAAAGCAAGUAAUUAAGAAGAAGAAGAAGAAGAAGAAGAAGAAGAAGAAGAAGAAGAUCGAAGAUGGGUAUGGUGGUUGUGAUCUCUCUCCCUUUCAUAAUCUUCUGCUUCCUUCUUGGAUUUGGAUGUUUCUUUUUUGGAAAAGCAAGAGGAAGGAGAGAGAUGCAGAGCAACCCACAAGUUUAUGGAAUGCCAGCUCCACCCCCAGGCGCUUCUCCUGUCAAGCCAGAAAAUACUCAUAAUGUUUGAUUCACUCCAUUUCUCUCUUCUGUUCACAAAUAUACCUCAUAUAUAUGUAUUUCCUUCUUCUUCUUCUACUUUACAGCUUCAAUUUCAAUCAUCUUUCCUUUAUUUCAUUACCUAAAUUCAACCUGUUACCUGAUAAGAGAAAAGGAAGAACAAAACAAUUAUAAAUAUAUUGUGUGUUUUGGGAUUAAGGGUCGAAGUCAAUGCCAAGGUC